GCAUUACAUUUUUGUUGUGGUGGUGGCGUGGCUGUUGGCGCGAAAAAUAUGCGAAAAAUGUCCUUAGAUUAUCUCCUUUCCGGUGUGUUUUUGUCUAUAAACUAACAGUUUUCCCAAUGGAAAAGGGUAUUCAGCAAGGAAACGAGGAAAACGGCCAAGAAAAGCAAGAGAAAACAUACAGUGAAACUGAUGCUGUAAUCGUGAAGACUCCUCUAAACACUGUAAACGUUGUCGUUGAAAGUGAAAACGUAGAAGUGGAUACAAAUGAAAUGUACAAAAUAGAAAAUGGACAAGACUUUGUCAUUGACUCAGAGGAUCGAGAGGUACAGGAGGAUGAUGGCAUCAUGGAAAAUCAAGGCCGUAGGAUCAUUUCCACUCUCACUUCAAAACACUAUGCAGCACACGUGAGACUCUUUAAAGGUAACAUAAGCUUAUACAUGCAAUCGGUUUACUGGUUUUAAUCCGACUGAAAUAGACAACAAGCAGAUGAAUAUUUUGUAUUCUUCUGAUAUCAGUGAUAUUUGGGUAUGGAUCAUUUUUAUUUCUCUUAAUGACCAAAGCCCUCUAAAGGGUUAGGGAUAUCUUUGGGAGGUUAGAUGAGGGUUUUUUUUUUCAUUGUUUAUUUAAUUUGACCGUUUCGUGGUAUGUGUGAACAUAACAUAGUUUAUUAUUUCAUUUGAAAAUAAUACCAAGUUGAUUUCAAAACUUUGGGUAUUCUCACUAAUCUUUGUUUUAAAAUUUUUGAACAUUGGGUAUAAAUCAGUGAAUCACGGUCACUAUUCUUUUGUAUAUAAUUUUUAGAGUGGUUAAAAGGCAAAGGAAUUUCAGAAGUGUUUGAGGAAUGGGAGCCAAAAGUAAUAAGUGACAGGCUAUCAGAGUUUUACAAGGAGUCUCAUUUAAAACAUGGUGGCACCAAAAGAGUCAGCUCUCUUAAAAUCAUACGUGCAGCAAUUGAUCAUCACCUGAGGAGUGCACCUUACUGCAAGUCAUACAGUCUCACUCAUUCACCCGCGUUUAUCAAAGCAAAUACCACAUUAGUUCAUUUGGAAGCCUCACAGAGAGAACUGCUAGAUUCUUCAGAGAGUAAUUCUGGUUCUUUACUACUGACGGUGGAUGACAUUCAUAAACUUUGGGCGACAGGUGUAGUGGGAAUAAAAACACCUAAAUCUCUUCAGCACCUGGUAUUUUUAGGUAUAGGAAUUAAUUUUGGCAUUAUCUCCAGAGAAAACUUGCGUGAUCUGAAACCCAGCAUGUUUGAAUUCCAUAUUGAUGAAAAUAGUGGUCUAGAGUAUGCAUCAUGCAGCCUAUGGGAUUCUGUAUCGACUCAGUUGAAGAGGAAUAAAAGUAAAUGUACAGGUAGAAAAAUGUUCAGUGUACCUGGAAGCUUGCAGUGCCCUGUUGCAGCUUUGAAAUUAUUCCUUAAAAGGAGAAACCCUGCUUGUUCCGCAUUCUUUCAGAUACCCAAUAAUUCUGAGUUUGAGUUGAGCGGACAAUGGUACAAGGCACAACCAGCUGGAUUGAAUGCUUUGUCAAGAAUGAUGAAAGACAUGUCACGUCAGGCACUUCUGUCCAAGGAAUAUACCAAUCACAAUUUGCGAUCCACACCUCCUAUUGUUUUGUACAAGGCUAUGGAAGAUGUUCCAUAUCUAAAGCUUCCUAGAAUAAUACCUCAGGCAGAUCUUAACAACAAAGUUGCAUUAAACAGUCCUGGAACUACAGUGCUGAGUUCAGUAACUACUCUUCUGAUGAAUACUCAACCUGUUAAUGCAGACAGAAGCUAUACACUUUCACCUCCAGGGGAUUCAAAUCCUGUUGAGACAGCAUCUAAUCACAUGGCCACUGUUAGCAAUAUUGGGAAUCCCACAGGUAACACUACAAACAUUCCUCAGAACGCACACCAAGUGUAUUGCAUUUCUGAGCAGUGGAACAUGAAAGAUAUCAUCAGGGCCAUUGAUGCUGGAGAUGCAGUAGUGAUCACAAAACAAUUAAAAAAGAGAGAACUACAAACCCACGAGAAUGGUGAAACAACAUGUUUGAGAGAUAAUCAGCAACAAGGGAGGGUUGCAUCGCAAAGUUUUGGACGUGACAGAUCUGGGCGUAAGCAGGUAAAUAACAGACUGAAAAUAACUAAAAGCUACCCUGUUUUUGCUGAUAUUACAUGUACUUCAGUAACCGGCAUGCAAUGAAACGUGAUAAACCACUGACUUUUGAUGUUUUUGUUCACCUUUUAUUAUUUUCCCUUGUGUCAUGAAUAAGAACAAAUAAACAGCUUUUUGUUAUUUUAUUUAUUUUAUAUUUAAAGCCAGAGCCUAAACGUUUUUGCCGUGAUCCAAAGAUUGUUAAAGAGGAAUUAACAAAGGACAAGGUAAGGCUAUUCACCUGAACUUAAUUUCAAAAAAUAUUUUGGCAAAAAUAACCACAGAUUGACAAAGUUUCCAAUAGAAUCUAAGUCCAGUCUAUCAACCCUUAUUUUGUAGAGCAGACUGGUCAUUUUUGAGAAGAGAUGGGGUGAAAAGAAUGCAUGAUACAUUUUUUCAUCAACCGCCCACCCCCUUGCUUUAAAUUAACAUCUGGUCAUCCUGUCAUCAAAGGCAUGAAAAUGUCUGCUACCAAAUGUUUUUUUUAUCUCGGGGAAAUCAACAGAUAUGUUUUUACUCACAUUGCCAGCAUCAAUGCAAGUUUAUUGGAACAAAAGAUAGAGUUUACAUAAGAAAAGAGUUCCACACCCGCAGGAUCAGGGUUUUCAUUAGGCAUCAGAGAUCAGAGAAUUCUCAGUUUAUUACGCAGAAUUCCCCAGCUAAUGUUCGGUAGCCUAUGCCUAUUUUUUAUUCAGACGUGGAACCUCUUUCAAAAUAUUCUCCUGUAACGUUACACCUUUCUCUUGACAUAACCAAAUACAGUAUGUGUCUGUACUCUCCCACAGCUCAUAUCUUGAAACCAUCAUGUCAUUUCUAAACAACACUUGAUGUAAACAAAAACAGGAGCUUGUUAGCCAGUGAAAAACUUAUUUUCUUGCUCUUACACUGAACUCUCGGUUAGCCUUGAGAUACUGUAUUACACUGUUUGUUUCGCACGAGUCAAAACUUUUACUCAAAGAAGUGUGAGCAUGAACGUUUGCUUAUAAUGAAAGUUUCGGUGAUUGAACAAUGAGAAAAUGAUUCACUUUUCUAAUACAUUUUGACAGUUUUUAGUGUUUUACACAAGUAAAACACUAGUAUUCAUCACAAAGAGGUUCAACUUUACUUUCUUAUCAUUACUGGUGUCAUGUUACCUCGACUCUCUAUAAGCUGGACACCUCUCUAAGACAGACAGUUGGGGCCGGUCCCUAAGGUUUCUGUCUCAGAGAGAAUUGACUGUAGUUCAAUAAUUGUUCUUAGUUUCCUUUGUUUCCUAAUCCUAUUUAAUCAUAAUGAUGAAAUAGGUUAAAACCAUUUGAAUCUGAAUUUCAUUUUAACCUACAACAUGCCGGUAAAAAAUAUUAUGAUUAUUUUUUAUUCUUCAAUUUAUUUUUGUUCUUACUUUAAGUAACCCAUGUUUUCAUUUGUUUCUGGAUAUACUAGAUUGAGGAUGGCUUAUUAAAGGCAAUAAAUGAUAUGAAGACUGGGCUGCAAAGCUUUGAAGACCUUGUAACAAAACAGCAACCUUCUGAACAUGUUAUUCAAGAGUUGUCACAAAUAAGUGACUGCUUUCAAGAACUUUUGCAAAGGAUUAACACAAAGGGAAUGAUAGUACAAUAAACAUCUGAGGGUGUGUUUGGCUGGUAACAAAGUAAAUCUUGGUAAAUAUUUGCCUGGCCUGGGGCUAAUGUUGGUAGAACUGAAUACCAAGAAUCUAGUAAUAAUUUUGCUAUUAAUAUUUUAUAGUUUAUUUCCAGUUUCUCAAUAUUUGUUUGGGUAUAGAGGGAAUCCAUGGCAGUGAUUUGGAUGUCUCUCUGAGUUAUUUAAAAUGGUUUAAAGGUAUUUUAAAUACUACAUACUCAACUUGUCACCUGUUCCUUAAAUCCACGUCUCAGUUAUUAUCUGAAUGCAUUAUAGCCUGCCUUUAUGUUGGUGGAUAAAUAACAUGGGUAUUUAAAUUGAUCUUUCUUAAGUUAUAUUUGUGGUAAUUAAUUGACAAAAUUUUUACCUGGAAAAAGGUAAUUUGCAGUUCCUUGCAUGUGGGUUUUACUGUACUGAAGCCAUUGCAUAAACAAAUGCAGUAAUGAGUGGAACACAAAGGACAAGAUUGAAACUAACAGAUAUAUUUUUUAAAGAAUAUUUUAAAAAUUCAAAAAAGUUAUAUUAUUGUCAUGCAUAAUGAUAAAAGGUAUACAUUCCGUGCCUAGGGGAUGACUGCUUUAUGGGAACUGUUUCACAAGUUAUCUUAUAUACCUGAGAACUAGAGGGAAAACAUUAGCUGUAAUAUAAUUUUUUAAAGCAUUUUAACAAGUUUUAAGCCUCUUGUUAUUUGAAACAUUUUAAAACGUAACUGUUGAUAC